AUGAUCACUUCCAACCCGUCAAAGAAGCCUUCUAACACGUGCGUGACCUGUCGCGCACGCAAGGUCCGCUGCGAUGGGCAACGCGACAUCUGCAACAACUGCAUGCGACUCUUCACCUGCUCCUAUGACGACUCCAUCCCUACCCACACCAACACAAGCCUCUCAGCCGCAGGCAUGAAUAGCGACGGCACCCCGGCGAGCGAUGCUCUCACCAUCCACGCCGUCGCCUCUCACCCCCCUCGCCGUCGCGUCCGCCAGGCUUGCCAGAGCUGCCAUUCUAGGAAGGCAAAAUGCAGCGGCACCAUGCCCAAGUGCGACAGGUGUCGCACUCACAGCCUCGAGUGUGUCUACCGCCCCUCCAAGCGGUCCCGCCUCAGCGCCACUCCCGGCGCAUCCUCAUCUCAGCAUGGACGCGACUCCCUCAUCGGCGACGGCGCCUCUGGUAUGCUCGCCUCAGGGGGCUCCGGCAGAGAUGACUACCUCUCAGACCAGAGUCGGAGCGCAUCCGACCAUCUCGAGACCAAUGGCCUCGCCGACCUUCGCCAUCUUCCGCCACCCGAGGAAUCCCUCAUUAUCCGCACUUUUGAAAAGUUCUUUCGCCACGUUCACCAUAUCGCGCUGUUUUCCUUUCUGCAUCAGGCCUCUCUGAUGCAGAGAUACCACUCCGGUUCCAUGGACCGACCUCUUCUCCUAUCCUUGAUCGGAAUCACGUCGAUCUUGACCGACCUCGGACCCGGUGCGCCUGGCCACCCUGACUUCACCCUGUGGGCCCACCGCCCCGAGUGCAUAGACCUCAAGCUGCCGUGCAAUGAACGGAACUUCGAGUAUGACCUCCCAGAAGUCACGGAAUCGCUGGUUCCGCCACCACGCCAGUCGGAUGGCAGUUUGCCCCCACUGACUGAUAAAGUUGGGUUUCUGGCUCUUCACAUCCGCAUCCAAUGGAUUCGCAGCAAGAUACUGGCCUUCACCAAGACGCUCGUCCUUCCAAGGACCGGGGUUCUAGAUCUGAAAGCACUGCCUCGCAAGUGCGAGGAGCUUCAAGAUGACCUCAAUGCGUUUGAGGGACGCUUGCCGCCUCAGUUCAAAUGGAAUGAGGCCAACCUUCGACUGCGGGCAUAUCACCCGCGUCUGUGUGUUUACCUGAUGACACACAUAUGGUGGGAGCAAUGCCACUGUGACCUGUACCGAAUCGCGCUGGUGGGCAGGAGAGAGAGCCUCUCUAAGGAGGCGAUCUCGAGGUUAGAUCCUGCGUUUGUCAAAUAUUGUCAGCGGCAGUGUUUUGAGCACGCUAAGGCCAUGGCUGAAAUGCUCGAUAUGGUAUUACAAAAGGGCGUCCCUGUAUCAGACCUCGACCUUCCCGUGUUGGGUUACCAGUGCGCCAACACGCUGUACUACACACUUGCGUCCUGUGGAGAUGAAUACGGCCUUUCACACGCAAGUGUGGCAGAAAUGGCAGCGACUUGCCUCAAAGUCGUGAAGCAAUCCGCCCCUGGCCCUGCUGCUGCCGCCAUUGCCGAAGCUCUCGAAAAGCUCAUCGAGUCCGGGUGGGUAAGACCAACCCUCCCGAGCAAUGUGACCUCGCCUGUGUCCAUGACACCUGCGAACCAUGACGCGUUGGCGGUGGAUCCGAUGCUCCAACGAGACGCCCUCCAAGAAGCCGAUGUCGCCCACCAGCUCUACAACCCAUCGAUACCACAAAAUCUGCCGCCGCAGAUCGAAUCACCCGGCCAAGCAAUGGCAGCCGAAGUACCGCAGCCACAGGCACCGAUGCAACCACCGACACCCGCAGUGCUUCGCGACGACGAAUCAAUCCCCGUCGCCCAAGCGAACAUGAUGGCCGGGGUGACACCCAACCUCAGCAACGCCUUCGAGGGAGCCUUGGAUGGCUCGAAUUUUGGGAUGGGCGGUUUGGAGCCCUUUGCGAUGGAUUCAUCGAGCUGGUACACAGGGGACUGGUCGAACGGCGGGCUAAUUGUUCAACUGGAUGAGUUCAUUGACGGUGAGAUCGUGUGCACCGGCCACCCGUUGGAGGACAACUUCGAAGACAACCUAGCCUCUGCUGCAGCCAAGAUGGACUUGGUAUGCCUCGCCAAUCUCGGCCUCUACUACUCAGAUUACACCAAUCCCUCGACGGGCACCGAGGGCAAUACCAUGAUCUACGCAUGCACGUACGGGGCAGUGGAAUCGUGCAAUUCCAUCAGGUUCUUCGAGCUCAACCCCCGGUUCGACGAGGAAUGUCCGGGGCAGGGCGCCUGGAUGUACAAUGAGACCAACUUGGCGAGCUAUGGGCGGGAUCCGGCAAAGACGGUAGAAUGUUGGACGUGA